AUGCCACACAUGAAGCCGGCUAAAAUAUGGAAGCAGGCAGAAAGAAAUCAUCUCCAGCAUCUACUUCAAGAAAGACACAAUGAGGGGAGGUAUUGGAAGGACAGUGGAACUAGUAUAAAGUUUUUCACCAAAAAGAUGAAUGAGGAAUUUUUGAGAGAGUGGGUAGAAAACCAUCCAGAUUCCAGGCAAUUUGAAUUGCCAGGGAGUGAAACGGAUUCGGAUGAAGAAGGAAGAGAUGAGGGAGAUAGAGAUGAUCAUGGAGGUAGAGAAGCAGUUACAGAGAAAGCGCCAGAGGGACAAGGAGAAGAUGGACAGGAUAGCCAAGGAGCACAAGAUACAGGAGAUCAAGACGAAGAGGGAGAGGAUAGUGAUGCGGAUGAGGAAAGGGGGAGAGGACGCGAGAGAAAAGCAGGAGGGAAGAGCGGUGCAGCGGAAUCCCGAAAGGCGAACAAGAAAUUGCCAAAGAGAGAGCAAUAG